UUCCCCUCUCGCUGCGACUCCGAGUGCACCCCGAAUAGAUUGGAAGUUAGUGGCGGUGAGUGUGAUUUGAUCGGCGCGCGAGGAGGAGGAGGAUGGUGGUGCUCAUGGAGGAGUGCCCCGGCGGCGUGGCGCUGAAGAGGAAGGGCGCGGAGGAGCCGGAGCUGUUCCUAUGCCCCGGCGACGUCGAUGGAGGGUUCCCGCUCGCCUGCCGCGCCACCAAGAUGAGGCGGCUGGUGCGUGAUGACGCGCCGGCGGCGGCCGCGGCGGACGACGUGGCGAUGGGCGAGGCGGCGUCGACGGCGGAGGCCGCGGGAGGUGAGGGGGCGAUGAUGGUCUACGAGCCGGCGGACUCUGCCGGAGGUGUUGGCUUACUCGGCCAGCUGCGGCGGCUCCAGCCGUGGACAACCUCCCUGCGCGCCGGCGCCGGGUGGAUUCGCGACAUGCUCCGGGAGGCGGACAGCCGGACGGUGCGGCAGCUGCUGUCCGGCGUCCAGGAAGACAGCGCCGGCAUGGCGCUGGUCCCGUGUGGGUCCUCACCGGCGCCGAUAGCGGCGGGGCCGUCGAUGGCAGAGGACACGGCGGAGGCCGCGGAGGAGGACAGCGAGGGCUCGGUGGCCGCGAUGGAGAUCGAGGAGGAAGAGGGUGUGCGUCUGGCCCAAACUCUCGGCGGCGCCGGGGCCGGCUGCGGCGAGGGGUACUUGUUCCGGAGGUGGCCGCGGCACUGCCUGGCGCAGCCGCAGCUGCCGGUGAUCGGCCAAGCGAGCCCGGCGAUGUGGUCGUGGUGAAAAUGAAAUCUUUUUCCACGCCCAUGUACUUUGUUGCUGUGCUGUACUCCGUAUUAGAAAUCAGUUUGAAGUGAAAUAGAAAUGAAUUUGACUAGACUUCAAGCGGCUGUUUGGAAUUUGCACUCGGAUCGCGCAGGAUUUCGAGAAAUUUCGAGCAAGUACUCCCAGCGUUUUUACUGCGAUUAGUAAAGGGAAAAUUAGCAGUA